ACUUACAGCGCAGAGCAUUGGGGUCAGACUCGUCAGUCGCCAAAACCGACCAUGCAUUCAUUUCACAUUCUUUCUGUCGCUUCAACCUUUGUGAUGUGCUGUGCAGUAGUGGAAAGUGAUUUACAGUUACACAGCGAUGAUCAUUACUUGAAUGAAAGGAACCGCAUCCUAAAACUAGAGAAAUAUCUCUUCGCAGGAGGACAAUUCGAGCUAACAGACAAAGAAAAACGUGUCAACGAGAUAAUAUUGCAGAAGAAGAAAUCUGAAUUAUCAAGAGGAUACAAAAACGUCAGCGACUUUCUACCAUCUCAGCAUUUCUUCCAAUCAAGACGGCGAAUAGACCAAUCUCAAGUGUUUGCAGUGAUCAAGAAUGUACCUAAAGGGGCGAGCUUACAUACGCAUCUCUUAGCCGGAGUAUCCCCUAACUACAUAAUAGAAGACAUCACUUACAGGGAUAACAUUUACGGAUGUUACUUGAACGGAACUUUCAAGUUACGGUUCCUUGAAGAUGCUAGCCAAGACACACAAUGUAAUUGGAAAAAGAUCAAAGAAUAUAGAAAGGAAAACCCUGAUUUCAACUCUUUCCUCCUGGAACACUUAUCUCUGGAAGUAGAACACCCUAGUGAAGCCUAUCCAACACCUGACGUUGUUUGGACUCGUUUUAAAAAGAUUUUCACCACCGAGUACGAUAUGGUAGCUUACAAACCUGUUUUUAUUGAUUACAUUUACCGGUUUCUCGAGGAACUUUAUAUGGAUAACGUUUUUUACACCGAGAUAAGAGGGUCCAUCAUGCCACUGUACGAUCUCAACGGUACCGUCCAUGACAACGAAGAAUUCUUCAAGGUGUUCAUAGACGUAGUUGAAAAGUUCAAAAGAGACCACCCCAACUUCGUAGGAGCUCGAUACAUUCAUUCAAUCUACCGAGGCGUAGGCACAGAUGAUCUCAGGUCUGGUUUGAAGCAACUAACUGAGCUCCAAAGAAAAUUUCCCGAUUUCAUCGCUGGUUUCGAUUUUGUUGGUUUUGAGGAAGAGGGGAAAAGGCUAGUGGAUUUUCAUGAAGUGCUACUAGAAUUCAGCGAGGAUCUGAAGUUUUUCUUCCACGCUGGUGAAACUAACUGGUUCGGACACACUGACCUCAAUUUGGUGGACGCAAUACUAUUGAAUUCAUCAAGGAUCGGCCAUGGGUUUGGUUUAGACAAACACCCUGUUGUGACCAAAAUGGCGAAAGAAAAAGGCAUUGCUAUAGAACUCUCUCCUAUUUCUAAUCAAGUCUUGCUGUUGAAUAAUGACCCCAGAAAUCACCCCGCUGUUCCUUUGAUGGCAAAAGGUCUUCCAGUGGUGAUUUGUAACGAUGAUCCAUCUGCAUGGGGUGCCACAGGACUCAGCUAUGAUUGGUAUAUUGUAUUUAUGGCGAUGACUCCGGAAAAUGCUGGAAUAGAGGUUUUGAAGCAGUUUGCCGUGGAUUCUAUCAAACAUAGUGCGAUGAGCGAACCAGAGAAAAUAGAAGCUAUGCAUAAGUGGACAGGAGAAUGGGAAAAAUUUCUUGAUGAAAUGCUUUAUAUAUCAUGUACAUAGAAAAAUUCUACAUGUAAUUGAAUGAUUAUUUGAUUAUAGAUUGUUUUAUGCCCAAGC